CUGUGUCUAUUCCAUUCCAUGUCUCUCUCUUCCCACUCUAUACAAAACUGUACUCCUUCUGCUUUCAACAAUUACAACACACGCAUUGAGAGAGAAAGGGAAACGGCUCAAAACAUGGUUCCCAGCUCUACAUUAUGCUUCCGCCUCUCUCUACUUGCAUUUCUAUUCGCUUUCUCAGCUGCUGCUGCUGCUCUGGUUGAAGACGGGGAACUAGUGAAUGGAGACUUCGAAACCCCGCCAACAGGCGGGUUCUCCUCGGAGGCGGGGAUCUCUGACGGCCCCGUCUCGAUCCCCGGGUGGAAGACCAAUGGGACGGUGGAGGUGGUGGAGUCAGGACAGAAGCAGGGCGGCAUGAUCCUGAUCGUGCCGCAGGGGGCCCAUGCAGUGAGGCUGGGGAAUGACGCCGAGAUCAGCCAGGAGGUGGCGGUUGAGAAGGGAGCCCUCUACUCUGUCACGUUCAGCGCCGCCCGCACAUGCGCCCAGCUCGAGUCGUUGAACGUGUCGGUGCCCCCAGCAUCCCAGACCAUCGACCUCCAGACGUUGUACAGCAUCCAAGGCUGGGACACCUACGCCUGGGCUUUUCAAGCGGCGGAGGCAGAGGCGCGGGUCGUGUUUCGGAAUCCCGGCAUGGAGGACGACCCCACAUGUGGCCCCAUCAUCGACGAUAUUGCCAUCAAGAAGCUGUUUGUGCCGGAUAGGCCGAAAGAUAACGCGGUUGUAAAUGGCGAUUUCGAGGAGGGGCCGUGGAUGUUUAGGAACGAGUCGUUGGGCGUCCUCCUUCCGACCAAUCUCGAUGAGGAGACGUCCUCUCUACCGGGUUGGAUGGUGGAGUCGAACAGAGCCGUGCGCUAUGUGGACUCCAACCACUUCACCGUCCCCGGGGGCAAACGAGCAGUGGAGUUGCUAUCAGGGAAGGAGGGGAUAAUCUCCCAGAUGGUGGAAACCAAGCCUAACAAGCCGUAUAGGCUGACGUUCUCGUUGGGGCAGGGGGGAGAUGCCUGCAAGCAGCCGUUGGCGGUGAUGGUUUUUGCCGGUGAUCAGGCUGAGAACAUACAUUACACUCCUGACUCCAACUCCACCUUCCAGACCGCGAAUGUGAACUUCACGUCCAAGGCAGAGAGGACGCGCGUGGCCUUCUACAGCGUGUACUACAACACGAGGACGGAUGACCUGAGCUCGUUGUGUGGCCCGGUUGUGGAUGAUGUUAGAGUUGAGCUUUCGGGGUCGAGCAAGGCUAGGUUUGGGGGGUUGGGAUUCAUGUUGUUGAUGGUUUUGAUGUUGGUGUAGAUUGGAAAUGAGGGUGUUAUGUUUGUAAUAUGUGGAAUUGGGAGCAUAGGUAAACCAAGCUUCCAUAUUUUGUUUGUGAUGUGUUAUUCAAGUUUGAAGUAAUGGAAAUUAAACUGUUUUCGUUUU